AUGGAGCUUGAUGCCAAAAGGUGGCCUGAUGCUCAGAACGACGAUCCCUCUGCAUUCUACAAGGUUCCGUUCUCUAGAGUUGUAUACAUUGAUCAAUCCGACUUCAGAAUGAAGGAUUCAAAAGACUACUAUGGACUCGCCCCUGGUAAAUCAGUCUUGCUAAGAUACGGGUUCCCUGUCAAGUGCACCAACGUUGUCUUUGCUGAUGACAAUGAAACAAUUCAUGAGAUUCAUGCAGAGUAUGACCCUGAGAAAAAGACAAAGCCAAAGGGUGUUCUACACUGGGUUGCUGAAUCUUCCCCAGGAAAGGAGCCCAUAAAGAUCGAAGUCCGGUUAUUUGAGAAACUCUUCAACUACGAGGCAUUUAUGACUUUCUAG